AUGCAGAAUACUAAUUUCCAAGAAGAUUCAAACAUCAAACUUAGACUCACUUAAAAUGAGCCCACAUCUUCUAGAAGCAUCAUCAAUGCCCACUAGUAACUACCUCCAACUUAGAAUCAGUAGCAUAUGCCUAAAUUAAAGUUUGCUAUCACUGGAAUGAACUGUGAGCUGCCAGCUGCUUUAAGUCAGCGCAGAAAUUCAGCUUUAUAAUCUUUAUUUGCAACAACGACCUCAAUCGGUUCAGCCUUAAAUUCAGCCAGAGGUGGGAAUCUCAACCUUACCCAGGGCAUAACAGACGCUAAUGGAGCCUAAGUCAACCUUGAAAGUACUUAAGAAUUAAAGGCAUUUGCCACAGUAGAUAUGGCUAAGAUAAAUAAAGAUCGGUCCUAUUAAUUAAAAUUGGCGCUUGAAGAUAAUAUGAGAGAGAAGGAGAAAGAAUUCGGGGAUACAAAGAAUACAUAUCAGCAGUACAGAGAUGAAUACGAACGAAUCAGCAAGAAAUUCACUGAUAAGAACUCAGAGUUGGAGAAUGAACAGAACAAACAGAAGCAGGUCCUUAUAAAUCUCAAGGAAUAACUAAGAGAAAUAGACCGAGAGUAUAAGCAAUCAUUGGGAGAGUAUUAAGAAUUCUCAAAGAUCAAUGUAACUAAGAUUGAGGAGUAUUAAGCUAAGAUAGAUUCCUCAUCUAAGGCUUUAAAGAAGUUUGAAGAUGAAUUACAGGCUCUGAAUGCUUAAAAGAAGGGAUAUCAGAUGGGGGCAGACAUGCAAAAGAAAGUCAGAAUUUAAGAAUUAGAUAUGAAGAUCAUGCCUAUUAAGGAUGAAAAAGAAAAAGUGGAGCUGCAUUUGGAGAUGCUAAAAGAAAACAUGAGAAUGCUGAUAGAAGUCAAGUCCUAGAACGAAAAUGAAAGAAUGAUGAUUCAAGAAGAUUUGACAGUGUCUGAAAGUAACAAAAUGGAAUUAGUAUUUCAAAGAGAAGAGCUUGAGGGCUAUAUGGAGAAGAUCAAGUAUGAAAAUUGUGAUCUAAGAUUCAUUGCUGAGUAAAAUUUGGACUUAAAGGAUUGGGAUAUCAUAAUCGAAAGACUGAUUGAUGACAAGUAGAAGACGCUACUACUAGAUCUGAUCAGAGAAUUACAAUAAUACAUCCUUGGAAUGAGUUCAGGAACAACUGACAACAGUGUUAUGCAAUCAGAUGAGCUUGAAGAACUUGAGUAUCUUAUAAAUAAAGGCAAGAUAUAGCUGUCGUAAGCUGUGGAUAUUAUUGUUGAGUUUGCUUAGAGAAAAAUGAAGCUUGAGUUAAGUCCUGAUUCUCUUUUUGAAAAACUUAAUCAAGUAAGCCAAAAUAUCGACAUUGAUUCAAUAAAAGAGGGCCUUAACAGUCUCGAAGAGAUCGAGCGAUAGAUGCAUAAAUUAGAUUCAAAGAUUAAAGUCACCUAUAAUAGAUGCUAAAAUGAAUUGAAACCAAGAUAUAAGGCAUUGAAUUUGAGUGAGUAGAACUUUUCAGAUUAAAUUCUAAAGGCAGAGAGCACUAUAACUGAGCUAUAAGAAUAUCUCAACGAGAUAGUCAAGGAGAUAGAUAGAAUUCAAUAAGAAUUCGAUGAUACAUAUCAGCCAAAUAAUGAAGAAUAUCAGGAUAUUGAAAUCAAAAUUUAAUCCUUAUAGGAAAAGAUUUAAGAAAUCGAAUACCAAAUUGAUAACUAUAAGCAAGAGCUAUAGCAAAAUGAGUUAAAUAAGAUUGAUGCAAUUAAUGAAAAAUCUAUGAGAAGCACGGAGUUUGAGUAAUUUCAACAAUACUACGAUUAAAUUACUAAUCAGUUAAAGGAAGAAAUCAGAAAGGAGAGGCAGAUGCAAAACGAAGGAUUCUGUAAUCCAGCAAUAGAAGAAUUAUCAGUACUCGUAGCCUAGCUUAAGUGUGAUAAGGAAAGCGCAAGUAAAAGACUUAAAUAUAUUUAGACUAAACUCACCAAUGCUGAGGAAUCAGUCUAGCAUGCUAAGCAAGUCCUUGACAAUCACAUUUUAUAGGCUUAACAAGAUUAACUCAAUCAUAAAGUCUAGGCUCCCAUCAACUUCCAGAUAAAAAGAAAUAUAUCAAGUGCUGGUGCUCAUGGAGGAAGUCAUGCUCAAACCAUAUUUGGUCCAACUUAAAAUACUAGAAUCACUAAUAUAUAGUAAAAAGCAUAAACACUGACUCACGGUCAAGUCCUGAGCCCAACAAGAGAGGAAAGUAGGUUUGAAAGCAGAAGAGGCACAUCUGCUUAAAAGGAUAGAAUGAUAACACCUUAAAUCUUUAAUGAGAAUGAAAGGAUGCAUUCUCACUUCAUCGAAAACCCCAUGAACAUGAGUUAAACUGAAAUGAAAAAAGAUCCUAACAGAAACUAUACGAGUGAGAUUAAACAAAGGCAUGAUCAAUCUGACUAGUCUCAGGUAAAGAAAGACAAAUCUACUAUUGAUAUGGUCAGAUACUACUACGAGUCAUCUUCAGCAAUGUCCUCAGAGGAUUCAAUGAACAAUCAUUAUAAUUAAUACGCUCAAUCAAGAAAUCAAGUUUAGUAAAAGCAUAUUCCUAUUCAGAGCCUUAUCACACCAAGAGACCCUCUGCAAGAAAUUCAAAAUAUUUAGUUGAAGCAGAAUCAAUCAGUUAUAGAAGGUCAACAGCUGAUGUCAGCAAAAUCAAGUGAAUCUAUGAAUUAGAGUGUUUAUUAAUAUGAAAGAAAGAACAGCGUGCAAUACAGUAACGAGCAAAUAGCUAGCUUAUCUCUCUAUAAUAAUCAAAAUCAACAUAACAAUAGAAAUGUAAGAGUUGCCCUGAGACAAAGCAACACCAGUCUAGAUUGUAAGCAAUAAAGUCGAACAGUAAUAAUGGCUUAAUACGGAUCAUUUAAAGAGAACAUAACUCCAAAUAGUCUAUCAAACUUAAAUGAUUCAAAGUCAAGUUUUAACAUGAGGAAAUAUAGCCAGGCCACUAAUGUGUCCCAGAUAAGCAACUAAAGCAUCCUGUAAACUAUUUAAACCAUUAAUGGCUAGACAAGACCACCUGCUGUUCCAUAAUCUAAAUAAUAUUUAACCUCACAGACCAAUAUUGAGCAGACUCCAAGAGGAUCAUCUCACAAACCUAAAAUUCAAACAACAACUAAAACUAGUACUAAUUCUAGAAAUAAUAGCAAAGACGGAUUCUAAACUUAGCAAAAGCCUGUUUAAACUAAAAUGAGGCUGCAUGUAAAUGUUAACAAUACUGGAAGAGCAAUCUAAUCAGGAGUAGUUGAUCUAUCAAAGUGCUAGUAAAGCUAGAAAGACAUUUAGUUCUUUGAAAGUAUAAAGCCCUUAGUAGAAGGAGCUCAGUUCUUAACUUAAAGAGAUGGCUAGUUUGUGCUUAAACAGUUCUACAUCGAUUUUUCACUUAUGAGAAUGUUUAUGGUCAACUUUAACGGAGAAAAAGAAAUACUUAUGAUUGAGAAUAUUUUAAAACCUGAGCUACCGCAAUCUACUCUAGAUUAAAUAAGGCAAGAGAAGAACUAAUCACCAGGAAAGUAAGGAGUGAUCAUGAAUUAGGGAAAGAGAUAUGAAUACAAUUUGAUAGUAAAUAUCGGUGGUAAUCUUGAAAGAAUGCAAAUCCUGGCUAUGUCUUACGAGGAACUAAGGCUUUGGAUAGUUGGGAUUAACGCCUUAAUCUAAUAUAAGAGCAGUCUAAUGAGACUCUCAUCACAGAUUAUAUCUCAGUGA